AUGAGGAAGCUGGAGAACAAACAAAUAACGAUGAAAGUAUACCGACGCUACGUAGAUGAUUGCUUCUGUAUCGCCAAACACGAACACAUUGAAACAAUAGUAGAAACUUUCAAUGAAUUUCAUGAAAAAUUGCAAUUCACGGUUGAAAGGGAGGAGAACCGGAAACUCAAAUUCCUGGACAUGACACUGCACAAGCAGAAUGGAAAAAUCGUGAAAGUGUGGACGCCGAAACAAGCCAAUGGAAGGUACUUGGACUUCAACUCGGAAAGCCCGUUCCAACAUAAGCGCAAUACGGCAAUAGCGCUAAUAGACAGAGCAAUCAAAUUAACGGAUGCAGAGGAAAGACACAACACGAUUAACAUAGUAAAACAAAUUCUCCGGAAGAACCACUACCCAACUUGGUUUGUUGCGAAAAUGCUAAAAUACAGAACAGAUCGACACUACAACAGCCUACAAGAAAGGGAGGAGAAAAAGGAGACAAAGUACGUGUCAACGCCGUAUAUCCCGGGUCUAAGCGAGAAGUUGUCAAAGCUUCUCAACAAACACGGCAUAAGUUUGGCAUACCAGACCCGAGACAAAAUAAAAAACACCGUCUUCAGCCGACUAAAGGAUCCCAUCCCGAAACAAAAAACGAAAAAUGUUGUGUAUGCCGUCCCUUGCGGCACAAAUGACGGAAAGGUCUACGUGGGACAAACCGGAAGAAUGCUCGAAACCAGAAUCAACGAACACAGGACGAACAUAAGGAAAAAGGAAGCCAAGACGGGAUUAACGCAACACCAUAUCGACGAAGGACACAAUUUCAAUUUCAACAAAACGGAGAUUUUGGAAAAAAUCGAAAACCAGGCGAGCAGAACGAUAGCAGAGGCCUUCCACAUCAAGCUGCUAGGCGAAGCACGAACAGUGAACAUGCAGCGCGAAUGUGGAGGGAUCGACUCGGCUUACAACGGCCUAGUGUGCAAACUUCGGAGCCGAACCAUACGCACACACCAACAACAAACGAACGACCCCGAAAACGAUCAACACGAAGUAGCAGAACACAACACAUAG